AUGGCAUCCGCGCAAAGACAAGUUGUUCAUCAGGACUAUAUUGCGCGCGUGAGAUAUUCCAAUGCGCUCCCACCUCCACCAAACCCUCCGAAACUUCUGGAUAUACCAGGCACAGGUCUCGCAGGCGGACAGUACACCAGUGCAGGCUAUGCAUCUCGGCUUGCAAGAGAGCAGCCGCUGAACAUCGAGGCCGAUGCAGAACUUGGGAUGCCCAUUGACCUCAUUGGGCUUCCUGGAGUAUUUGAAGGAUCAGAGGCUGCGAUUUUGGCUAGACCCGGUGCUCAAGUGACACACCCUGCAGACAAGGCACUCCUGAAACCACUUUCCGCGCUGAGCAAACCCAUCGCAGCACAUACUGUGUCCUUCCUUCGGAGAACGGAGUACACAGCUACGCAGAACAUUCAACAUUUUUCAUCGUCCACCGCUAAGGACCUUAAUCGAGCACGCGAGGAUGUAAGACGUCGGAGGCAGGAUGAGAACAAGGAGGAUCCCAUCAAUAUCAUGCGAAACAUCAUCAAAGGCUUCGAUAUUGCAUAUCCGAAGGACGCAUACAAGGGCGAGGACAACACAACGAAUUUACGAGGUGCGCAACCUACAGCAGACGACCUGAAGGGUUGGGCGAAGCCGGUUCAUCCGACGAACCCAAGGCUGAAGCUUCUGGAAUCGUAUCCUGUCCUCCCUGAUUUGGAUGCAAUUCCGACGACAGGCUUCUAUAUAGUCAUGAAGCUCAGCACGAAUCCACUGAUCUCGGGUGCGAAGAAUGACGAGCGACUGAAUGCGGCCAUUCUCAGGCCCGUGAACGAUGCCAAAGCCGAGAGUGAAUAUCAACAGAAACUCGCCGAGUGGAACCCUGAUUCGACAAAUCCCGAGCCCAUUCGCGAGUACGACUAUGAUUACUUCAUCCCUGCCGAAGAGUCAUCUGUUCGUGGUAUCAAGCGCAAAUUUGACGUGAACGAUCACGAAAAUGAGGAUCCAGAGCUAUACACGGCAGACCUUGGCGACGGCUUGCGCGCUUUCAAGUACAGUCGUGUGCGUACCUACGAGACUCAAAACCAACACGGUGACGCACAAAACUUCUACAACGACUCUGUCGCACUGGCUCUGCACGAUCCAGAGGAGGCAGGCAACGCGAACCCAGGAGCGAAAAAGCGACUCCAAAAAGGUGCCUAUAUCUAUCCGAUUGUACAACGAACUUCGUUGAGGCCGAAGCGUGGCAAUCCGCGAAUGUUGGCAUCAGGCGAAGAACAAAAGGUGGACGAAUUGAAUGUCACAAUCACGGAAAUGGACGAAGCUUCACGGGCAUCACAGCAAGAGAGACGAGCCGCAUUAGAUCCAAACGCUGUCCCUGUUGCUGCUGCCGGAUGA